AUGACAUUACUUUCUCAAAUUAGCAUUUCUUCAAAUGACAGUUUUAACCAUAAUCAAAUUUCAAUUAAUGAUAUUGAAUUAACUGCAAGUAUUCAAGAAUCAAAUCAAUCUAGAAUCUCACUGGGAGAAGAAAGGGAAGGUUUUUUAAGUGGUGUUCGUGAGGAAACACGAGAAAAUGUAUUUGAAAGUUAUCGCAUCUUUUUUCUUCACGGUAGAAAAGAAAAAUCGACAACUUUUUUCAAUGGAACUCAUGAAUUUAAUCCAACAGUAAUAUUGAUAUCAUUUGAUGGAUUUAGAUGGGAUUAUUUGGAUAGAAAUAAAACCCCCACUAUACAAAAAUUUAUCGAUAAUGGAAUCAGAGCUAAAUAUCUUGAGCCCGUAUUUCCGUCUGUAACAUUUGCUAAUCAUUAUACAAUUGUCACCGGCCUUUAUCCUGAAUCACAUGGAAUUGUGGGAAAUGAAUUUUAUGAUCCUGAUUUAAAUGAUGACUUUUAUUAUACAAAACCUGAAAAAAGUUUUGAUUCUAAAUGGUGGGGCGUUAUACAAAAUCAAAAAUCAGCAGUUUCAAUGUGGGUUGGUGGGAGUUCAGUAAUUAAAGGAUAUAGACCAACUUACAAUAUACCAUAUAGUAACAACGUUUUACCAGAAGAAAAAGUUAAUCAAGUGAUCGAUUGGUUAGAUUUAGAAAAAGAACAAAGACCUACUUUUAUCACUGCAUAUAUGAAUCAUGCAGAUGCCGCAGGCCAUUUAUUUGGUCCAUUUUCUAAAGAACUUAAUCAAACACUUGGAAUUCUUGAUAAUAUGAUUGCUGAUUUACUUUCAAAAUUGUCUUCUCGUAACUUAACUGAUAUUGUUAAUAUCAUAAUUGUUAGUGAUCAUGGAAUGGCACAAGUGAUACCAUCAAAUAUUAUAUAUUUAGAUAAUUUUUUUGAUAUUACAAAGGUUCGGGAAUUUGAAGGAUACCCAUUAGCUGGAAUAAGACCAUAUAAUGAUUCUGAUAUACCAGAAAUUUAUUCGUCGUUAGUAGAAGCCAGUGAAAAUCAAUUAUGGAAUUGUUAUUUAAGAGAAGAGAUUCCUGAAAGAUAUCAUUAUCGUAAUUCAAAACGCAUAGCUCCAAUAUUUUGUAUACCGCCUGUUGGUUGGGUGCUAACAUCUCAUCGUGAUUUUGCGAUGUUCCACAAUGGUUCUCAUGGUUAUGAUAAUCAGGCACCUGAAAUGAGAGGAAUAUUUUUGGCAUCUGGUCCAUACUUUAAAGAAAAAUUAUCCAAGUUAAAUACCAAUGUAGUUGAUCCAUUUUCAAAUCUCGAGGUUUAUAAUAUUGUUGCAAAUGUUUUGAAUCUUGAACCUGCUCCAAAUAAUGAUGAUGACAUUUUUGCAUUUCAUGACGUUAUAACCAAAAAGAGUGAGUGGAAAUGUUCGGGUGAAGGAAGAGGAAUGAUAUGCGAAGUUACAAAUUUUUGCGUAGAUAGUAAUGGCGCAUUUAUAUUUAGUGACAAAGAACAAGCCUUGGAUUUUUCCUCAACAAUACCGAAAAUCAAUGUAAUGAGCUCAGAUGAGCCUUCAGACCACUACUAUCAGCCUAAUGUACGCAAGCUAUCUGACCUCCAAUCUCAUAAAAUACAAUACAUCAAUGAUACAAUAUUUGUUUAUGAUUUAUAUGAACCAUUCCAUUUCUCACAUUGGCUUUAUAAUGGUCUGAUCCCGUUGUACAGCACAAUGCGUGAGUUUAAUGCAACAAGAAGGUCAUGGUUAUUGAGAGUGGAUAAUCCAAGCAAAUAUGGUAAUAAAUUGCAUACACAUUAUGGACAUGAUACAAUGUUUUUGGCGGAUGAAGGGAAAGAAAUUGUGAGCCAUGUAAAUGAAGUGCUAACUCCACAACAGGUUUUGGCUCCAAGCAUACCAAUUUGUUUCGCAAGAGGGGUUUUUGGUAGGUUUUUAUUUUUAGUCGAAGUUAAAGUUAACGCUAAGUAUUGUGAAAGAAACAUUCCAUCGGAAAUUUAUGAACAAUUUAGAAAAGAUAUAUUUUCAUAUUAUAUUGAUGAUGGAAAAUGGGAUUUUUAUUCAAAUAAUGCAAAUUUAUACUCACAAAAAUUGGAAUGUAUAAGCAAAUCAAGAGAAUUCACAUCCGAUUCAUCCGCACCAUCAGAUAUAAUAAUAAAAAUAGGAAUCUUACAAAGAUACCAUAAUCGCAGAAUCUUAAAUAUUGACAAAUUAAUUGAUGCAUUAAUAAAUGAUCAAGGAGGAGGUUACAAAUUCAUUGUAAAACUUCUUGAUUUUGAUUCAGGGUGUUCAUUACAGGCAACUGCAAAACUCUUGUCAGAUAUUGAUAUAUUGAUGUCAUCACAUGGAAGUGGGAUAGGUGUUGCAUUACUCAUGCAAAAAAAUACAACAGUUAUAAGUAUAGAUUCUAGACACUAUUAUGAGGAUUGGUUUGCAUAUGUAUUUACAUCUAUGGGAAGAAGAUUCUAUAAUUUUGAAUGUCAAGAAGGGGAUUGUCAAGUUUCAGAUUUCGUGUUGGCAAAAGAGGUGUUGGAUAGGCAUGGCGUGGCGUUGGAAUAUUUGGAGUUAUUGGACUUCCUUGGUCCGGAGGUUCCUAAUAAGGUCGAUCGGCUGAUUUAUGCAGAAUAUACCAAAGAUGCAAAUAGACGAGUAACCAUUGAUCGACUACUAAGGUUUAUAAAGAAUGAUGUUGUGAACAAGAAUGUGAUCAAGUUGGUAAGCGAAACAGAUUAUGUGGAGUUGUGUAAGAUGGGAAAGUGUUGUGGUCCUGAUUGUGAACAUGUGAUGAACAGGAAUGUGUUUGGAAAGUUGAGUUCAUGGAAUAUAACAUAUAAUGAAAAUGUAGUGGGAAAAAACUGGUUAGAGAGUGGUAAAUAG